AUGUCUGUCCGUCGAUGGCAAGAUAAUAGCGAACUGGUCUCGAUAAUGAAUAAUCCCGUCAGCACCUGGCUGUAUGGGUCGCCUCAAUGGCAGAUCUAUCGACCAGAUCUGCAGCGAGUACUCUUUGAGUGCGCCAAAGAACACCCCAGCGUGAGCGUGCUAUUCGGGAAGUCAAUGGUAUCCGUAGACCACGAGACAGGUACCGUCCAUUUAUCCCACGGUGAAAUAAUUGAGGCAGAUCUCACGGUCGCUGCAGACGGAAUCUGGUCAAGAGCUAGACGAUGUCUUCCGGCAACCAAAGAUGUUGUCCCCACCCCGUACCGGGAACAUGUCUACCGUGCAGUAAUUCCACGGUCGCGUAUGCUGUCUAAUCCCAUUACUGCACCGUUGAUGUCCUCCCUUGAAGCGAAAUCAUGGCUUGGACCCGGUGCAUGUGUACUGGACUAUACGGUAGGCUCCGAGUCGCUGUAUAAUCUUGCAAUCAGUGUCCCCCGGCCCUCGGGUGUUCCCCUCGGAUCAUGGAACCAACCCGGCGACGUUGAGAUAAUGCGGGAACUUGUAUCAGAGUGGUGUGAAGAGGUACGAGCACUAGCAUCAUUAGUUCAAGAUGGAGAAUGUGCCUCUUGGACUCUUGGUGAAGUUCGCGCCAUCCCCAGCUAUGUCAGUGUAUCUGGACGGGUAGCUUUGAUUGGAGAUGCAGCACAUGCCCUCUUGCCACAUGCAGGACAAGGAGCUGGAAUGGCGAUGGAGGAUGCCGCAAGUCUUGCUGAGUUUCUGGAUCACUCGAACCCGAGGCAUGAUCUGCCGGAUGUUAUGAAUGCCCGUGGAAAUGCUAGUGAUAUGACACUUGAAGAUGGUCAACCUCAGAUUGCACGAGAUGAGAAGUGGAAAGUUGUUCGGGACAUGCAGCGGGCGCAGUUAGCUGAACUUGGAGUGGAUAGAUUCAAGGAGAAGGUCAUCAAAGAGAGACCGGUGGCUGAUCCAAAUGCUAAAAGUACCAUUGAGCCUGGUGGUGCGAUGUGGAUUAAUGGGACUGAUAUUUCUGUAGAAGCCCAGAUGUUCUGUCGUGAGCACCUGAAGAAAUGA